AUGACAACGCCACAGUGUGACCAAAAACUUCCUGAUUGUGCCAAAUGCGACCAGUAUGGGCAAUCUUGUCCUGGAUAUGACCGAGGCUUGAAGUUUAUUACUGGAAAACCACAUCGGGAUUGGCGUCAACCCAAUCCAAAGAAUGAUAAUUUGGACGGAAUACGCCCCAAGAGUUCAGCCUCGAAUUCUACACUUGAUUUUAAGUCAACCUACCAGGAUUUGACCCAGAGAGAGAAGCUAUCCACUCUUCUUUCUGCGGAUAUGAAUGUUGUGCAACAUAUUUGUGUUCUCAUUGACGAUUUCUCUCAACCACACACUCCCAGUCCAACACAUGUUGUGGUCCGAAGGCAUGGAUUUAUUCCCACCAUUUAUGGCCGAACUCGAGCAUUGGAUGCCACAAUAAGGUCUUUCACAGCUUAUCAUUUUGGGUGCACUACCAAAAAACAGCCAAAUGGUGUCGUACGCCCGAUCAGCUUAUGGGGAAGCCUUGCGUGCGCCCAGAGUCGUGGAUGA